AUGUCUGAGCAUCCCGUGCCUGCGAUUCCCGACGCGGGAAUCGCGUCCCGUCGUGAGGGCGAGGCGCAUAGUGCGCCUUCGGACCUUGCGCCCCCAAUUGUCUCGGGCAAUGUUUUGCCCGAGCAUGAGGAUGCGGUGCACAGCACCGAGCACACCUCGUACAACUUCCCGGCUGCUGAGAGCACGACCUCGCACUACACUGCGGCUCACAGCAACGACACGCACUACACCGAGGCCGAGCCCACGCUGAACAACACCGAGCGUGAGCAGCUCGAGACGGAGACCCGUGCCGCGCACAAUCUGCCCGCCCCUAUCGUCUUCUCCGACCUGUACUCGACGCAGGGUGCCGCCUCGAACGUCACCCAGCUCCCGGACGGCACGCGCGAGGCGGAAAACAACGGAUACACCUCGCUCGCCUACAGCAUCCCGGCCGACACCGAGAUCCGCGCCGCGCCCGAGACGACGCACGUCGAGGGCGUCGCACCGGCGCUCCCUUCGCACACCGCACCGCUCGUCGAUGCGCACCACGACCGCCCAGUGGACUUUUUGCCCGAGUCCCAGGUGCAGUCGCGCAUCCCUUUCGACACGCUCGACCCGGAGGGCGCGCGUGAGCUCUCGGACCGCAUUUCGGACACGGAGCGCACGCUCCAGCGCGAGGAGGCUGACGGGGGCGACCCCGAGAAGCAGUCUUGGGGCACCGCCGACCCUUUCGACACGGAGAACCGCUUCUCCCUGGAACAGUUCCUGCGCGAGCAGCUCGAGGCCCGCCGCGAGCGCGGCAAGGACCCGCGCCAGAUGGGCCUUGCUUUCCGCAACCUGAACGUGACGGGCUACGGUAUCGGCGCCAAGUUCAACAGCACCCUCGGCUCCGUCCUCUCGGCGCCCGUACGCAUGAUCACCGACUUCAAGGGCAUUUUCAAGAAGGACGUCAAGCAUAUUCUCAAGGGCAUCGACGGUUGCGUCAAGCCGGGUGAGAUGCUUCUCGUGCUUGGCCGCCCCGGUAGCGGUAGCACGACGCUGCUCAAGUCGCUCUGCUCGUACCGCGACGGUUACCGCAGCAUCGAGGGCGAGGUCCUCUACGAGGGCUUUGACCACAAGGCCAUCGACCACGCCCUGCGUGGUGAGGUUGUGUACGCGCCGGAAGACGACGUGCACUUUGGUACUCUCUCUGUCAAGAACACGCUCGACUUUGCCGCCGCCUCGCGCACGCCGCGCUCGGAAUUCCGUGUGACGGGCGACGCGAAGGACUCGCGCCGCAGCUACAUUGGCAUGGUCACCGAGGUGAUCGCGACCGUGCUCGGUCUGCGCCACACCUACAACACCAAGGUCGGUAACGACCUGAUCCGCGGUGUCUCGGGUGGUGAGCGCAAGCGUGUCAGUAUCGGCGAGGUGCUUGCAUCGCACGCGCGCAUCAUCAUGUUUGACAACUCCUCGCGUGGUCUCGACUCUUCGACCGCGCUCGAGUUCAUCCAGGCGCUGCGCAUCACGACCGACGUCGGCAACACGACCACCAUCUCGAGUAUCUACCAGGCCGGUGAGUCGCUCUCGAACCUCUUCGACAAGGUCAUCGUGCUGAACAAGGGCCACUGCGCCUACUUCGGCCCGAUGCACAAGGCCGCCGACUACUUCAAGUCCAUCGGUUACCUCCCGCACGAGCGCCAGACCACGUCCGACUUCCUCGUCGGCUGCACGGAUCCCGUCGGUCGUCGCCUCAACCCGGACUUUAAGGAGAUCCCGCUCAGCGGUGCGCAGCAGGCUGCUGCCUUCCGCGCCUCGGAGAUCGGCCGUGCGAACCGCGCCGAGGUCGACGCCUACAUGGCGGAGAUGCAGCAGCACUCUUCGAAGGAGUCCCGCAACGAAUACGUCAGUGACGUGCGCGAGCAGCGUACGCGCCGCGCUCGCAAGGGCUCGCGUUACAUGCUCUCGUGGCCCCAGCAGGUCCGUCUCGCGAUCAAGCGUCGUGCGCAGAUUGCGUGGGGUGAUGCGGGCACGGCCAUCAUCAUGGCCUGUGCCUCGCUUUUCCAGGCUUUGAUUAUCGGUUCCGUGUACUACAACAUGCAGGACAAUACCUCGGCGCUCUUCUCGCGCAGCGGUGUCAUCUUCUUUGCGCUUCUCUACAACUCGUUCUCCGCCAUGGCCGAGGUGCCGAACAGCUACGCGCAGCGCCCUGUCGUUAUUCGCCAGCAGCGCUUCGGUAUGCUUCACCCGUCUGCAGAUGCAAUCGGUAACGCGCUCCUCGACAUUCCCGUCCGCUCGCUGAGUAUGACGGCGUUUGUUGUGGUCUUGUACUUCCUUUCGAACUUGUCGCGCGACGCAGGCAAGUUCUUCAUCUUCUACUUCACCACGAUGCUCAUCACCUUUACGAUGGUUGCCUUCUUCCGCAUGGUCACGUCGAUCACGCGCUCGGUCGCUAUUGCUACGAUGGUCGCCGGUCUUGUGGUUAUUGACUGCGCUCUGUACGCCGGUUAUGCCAUUCCCCGCCCGUCGAUGGUGAUCUGGUGGCGCUGGCUCUCGUACUGCAAUCCCAUCUCGUUUGGUUUCGAGGUGCUAAUGACGAACGAGUACCGCGGCAAGGUCAUGAAGUGUACCCCGAACCAGACUUUCCCGCCGCGCCCAGAUGCUCAGCCGGAGAACCAAGUGUGUGCUGUGGCCGGUGCCAAGCCGGGUCAGCUGAACUUGAACGCUUCCGACUACGCUUUCGCGCAGUACGGCUACAAGUGGGAGAGUGCGCACCGCAACGUUGGUAUCAUUAUCGGUUUCUGGAUCUUCUUCCUGAUUCUGUACAUGAUCGGCUCCGAGUUCCAGACGGACCCCGCGGCGUCGGGUGGUGUGAUGGUGUUCAAGCGUGGCACCAUCAGCCGCUCGGAGCUCGAGGAAGCUGAGGCCCGUGCCGAGAGCGCCAUUCCUGUCGACUCGACAGUCGACUCGGAGACGCUCGACAAGCAGCAGUCCGAGAAGUUCAAGGGCAUGCUCGACGUUUCCGACGAGACCUUCAGCUGGGAGCACGUCAACUUCGAUGUGAUGAUCAAGGGCAACCCGCGCCGUCUGCUCAACGACGUCUCGGGCUUUGUCGCCCCGGGCAAGAUGACCGCGCUGAUGGGUGAGAGUGGUGCCGGUAAGACGACGCUGCUCAACGUGCUUGCGCAGCGCUCGGAUGUCGGUGUCGUUGGCGGUGACUUCUUCGUCAACGGCCGUGACCUCCCGCGUUCGUUCCAGGCCGACACGGGCUACUGUCAGCAGCAGGAUGUGCAUCUUGCGCAGCAGACGGUUCGCGAGGCGCUGCAAUUCUCUGCGAUGCUCCGCCAGUCGCGCGAGACGCCCAAGGAGGACCGUCUUGCAUACGUCGAGACGGUCAUUGAACUGCUCGAGAUGCAGUCGUUCUCCGAGGCGCUUGUUGGUGAGGUGGCCGAGGGCCUGAAUGUCGAGCAGCGCAAGCGUCUGACGAUUGGUGUGGAGCUUGCUGCGAAGCCGAGUCUGCUGCUGUUCUUGGACGAGCCUACGUCGGGUCUGGAUGCGCAGGCCGCGUGGUCGAUUGUGCGCUUCCUGAAGAAGCUGGCGAACGAAGGCCAGGCGAUCCUGUGUACGAUCCACCAGCCGAGUGGUGAGCUGUUUAACCAGUUUGACCGUCUGCUGCUCCUGCAGAAGGGCGGUAAGACUGCAUACUUCGGCGAGCUGGGCGAGAACUCCAUGACGCUGAUCAAGUACUUUGAGGAGCGCAGCGGAGUGAAGUGUGAGGAGAACGCGAACCCCGCCGAGUAUAUGCUUGAUGUGAUCGGUGCCGGUGCGACGGCGACGACUGAUAAGGACUGGUACCAACUGUACCGCGAGAGCCCCCAGUACGCUGAGAUGCAGGAGCAGCUCAAGCGCAUUGCUGCUCUCAAGCACAACGACCAGGGCAUCUCCAAGGAGGAGUCCGCGCGCAUGAACCGCGAGUACGCGCAGCCCUUCAUGGUGCAGCUGAGCCGCGUUACGCGCCGUGUCUUCCUUGCUUACUGGCGUGACCCGACCUACCUUGGUGCCAAGCUGUUCCUCAACAUCUUUGGUGGUCUCUUUAUCGGAUCGAGUUUCUGGGGCCAGGGCCAAAAGUACAGCUCAGCUGCGCUGCAGAACAAGCUUUUCGCUACGUUCAUGUCGCUCGUCUUGUCAACCUCGCUCUCCCAGCAGCUGCAGCCUGUUUUCCUUGUGUACCGCAACAUCUUCGAGGUGCGUGAGCGCCCGUCGAAGCUGUACUCCUGGCCCGUUUUCCUGAUUGGUUGUGCGCUUGUCGAGAUCCCGUGGAACAUCCUCGGUGGUACGCUCUUCUGGGUGCCCUGGUACUUCAUGGUCGGCUUUGGUAACGAGGGCACCCGUGCUGGCUACAGCUGGGGUCUGUACAUGCUCUUCCAGCUCUACUUCUGUGGUUUCGCCCAGGCUGUCGCUACGGUUGCGCCGAACGCGAUGAUCGCCUCGAUCCUUUUCUCGACCUUCUUCUCGUUCGUGAUUGUGUUCUGUGGUGUGGUGCAGCCGCCGCCGCAGCUGCCCUACUUCUGGCGCAAGUGGAUGUACCCCCUGUCGCCCUUCACCUAUAUUGUGGAGGGUAUGCUCGGCAACGCGGUGCACGACAAGCCCGUGAUUUGCGAGCCCAGGGAGCUCAACAUGGUUAUCCCCCCGCCUGGCCAGUCGUGCGAUUCCUACCUCCAGCCCUUUUCGUACCCCCUGGAUGUUACGCCGCCCAACCCCAACUCGAUGGGCUACUACGUGCAGCGUCCCGACGGCAACUGCGAUGUUUGCUCGAUGCGCCGUGGUGAGGACUACCUCCGGUCGAUUGAGAUGAACUCGGACAACCGCUUCCGUGAUCUGGGUAUUCUGUGUGCCUACAUCGCCUUCAACUUCGCGCUGAUCUUCUUCAUGUACUACAUAUUCCGCGUGCACCGCUGGAAGUCAAACAAGAUCAAGCCUCCGAAGGAGAAAAAGAGCAAGGGCAAGAAGGGUGAGGUGGCCGACGCCGAAAAGGCCGCUCAAGAGUCUGCGUAA